UGUAUAUGACUCAGAAAUUAAGGCCGAGCGGCAGUAACAUGUAUAGGGAAAAGUUGUUCAUAAUAAUGACUCUGACACAUGCACAUUUGAAGGUCAUAAAAAUCGGUGAGGAAUCGCUGAUGUAAAUAAUUACUCUUUAUUUACAGCAUAGCUGUAAUUUUUUCUUUUUUUAUGACUACAAUCGGAACGGUAUACGAUAUAUUUGUGUACCAAAAUCAGAUAAAUGAAAAUGCGACAAAUAAAAGUAAUAGCAAUGUUGCACAAGUGUCCAAGAAUAUAGAAACGGAACUAAAUUUGUCUUCACAUCAAAAGAUUGGAAAAAUAUUUAUGUGCUUUUCUGUUUAUACAAAUACGAGACAAUUAUUCAACACGGAUGUUCUUUCUAACAAUUUAUCCAUCUUUCAUGGUUUCAAAUUUCUGAUCAUGUGUGGUGUAAUCAUAGGUCAUACUUAUUCUCUCAUAGCAGAAUCGCUUGAUAAUAAAGUAUGGAUGAUAAAACAAAGUGAAGAACAUAUAUAUUUUGCAAUUUUUAUUAUAUAUCUGGCGUUGGACAUUUAUUAUUUUUCAAGCGGAUAUUUAAUGAUUUAUUCAUAUUAUUCUUUUAAAACGAAUAAAAAACAAAUUAAACCAACAGGUUGCAGAGAGAAGUUGAUUGAAUUAAUUUUUCUUAUAAUUAUGAGAUAUAUCAGAUUAACGCCGGCUUACAUGAUGGUGUUAGGAAUAGUACAAUUAGUCUCAACUUGGCUUGAUAAUACUUCACAAUUUUAUAUGUACGCAAAAGACCAUGAAGUGUGUGGGACAUAUUGGUGGACAAAUCUUCUUUACAUAAAUAAUUUCCUUCCCGUAGAUGCAAUGUGUGUGCCUUGGAGCUGGUAUUUAGCUAAUGACAUGCAAUAUUAUAUAAUAACUGUGGCACUAUUGAUACUGUCGACUACAUAUUUCUACACUGCUGUUAUGACAUUGGUUGUAAUUUUAAUUGGUUCCAUUAUACUUAAUGGUUAUAUUUCAUACAUAUACGAAAUUUCAAAUAUGAAAAUAUAUGAAAAUUCGAAGGAGCUAUUAUAUAUUUUUUACUAUGCACCAUGGAUGAGAAUAUAUCCAUAUCUCAUAGGAGUAAUUACUAAUUAUAUUUUAACGAAUUCAAAGAAUUAUUUAUACGCAAAUUGGGUAUUGUACUACUUUUACUUUUAUUUAUGGUUAAUACAAUAAUUACACAAUAACUACACAAUAAUUAUUAUUUAUGGAAGUGUUUUAAU